AUGGGUACUUCUGGCAAAAUUAUAAAGUGCAAAGCUGCCAUUGCCUGGGAAAUAGGCAAGCCACUUUCCAUUGAAGAGGUGGAAGUGGCCCCGCCAAAGUCUCAUGAAGUCCGGGUGAAGAUAAUAGCCACAGGGAUAUGUGGCACAGAUGAGCACGUUCUAACUGGCUCUUUCCCUAAAGUAGAGUAUCCUGUUAUUCCUGGCCAUGAAGGAGCUGGAAUUGUGGAGAGUAUCGGUGAGGGAGUGACUUGUGUGAAACCAGGAGACAAAGUGAUCCCCCUCUGUCUGCCUCAGUGCGGAGAAUGUAACUCAUGUCUGAAAUGGAACACCAACUGUUGCCUGAAAACCCACCUUUGCAACCCGCAAAACCUGAUGCCAGACAAAACCAGCAGGUUCACCUGCAAAGGGAAGCAAAUCCAUCACUUCCUUUGGAUAAGCACCUUCUCGGAAUACACAGUCAUGCCUGACUCAGCCGUGGUUAGAAUCGACGAUGCUGCCCCGCUGGAUAAAGUGUGUCUCUUCGGCUGUGGCUUUUCCACAGGUUAUGGGGCAGCUAUCAACACAGCUCAGGUCACACCUGGGUCUACCUGUGCCAUCUUUGGCUUGGGAGGAGUUGGUCUUUCUGUUGUCAUGGGAUGCCAAGCAGCAGGAGCGUCUCGGAUUAUUGGGAUUGAUAUCAACAAGGAGAAAUUCGGAAAGGCUAAGGAACUUGGAGCCACAGAAUGCCUGGACCCUCAGGAUUACAAGAAGCCCAUUCAGGAGGUGCUGGUUGAAAUGACCGGCCAUGGUGUUGACUACGCCUUCGAAGUUGUGGGAUGCUUAAACACGUUGACAGCUGCUCUGGCAUCCUGUCACAUGAGCUGUGGGGUCUGCGUGAUGGUUGGCGUCCCUCCUCUGGACUCGCGCCUCUCCUUCGAUCCUUUGCUGCUUUUUACGGGACGCACGUUGAAAGGGAGCUUCAUUGGAGGCUGGAAGAUGAAAGAUUCCAUUCCUCAAUUGGUGUCCAGUUACUUGGAGGGAAAACUGAAAACAGAUGUUUUAAUUACACACACUUUGUCAUUCAGCGAGAUUGACGAAGGGUUUAAUUUGCUUCGUGCUGGUAAGAGUAUCCGCAUUGUCCUGCUGUUUUAGGCUGCUGUAUAGGUGCUUUUGGCCUGAAGUGUCUCCUGAAGAACGCCGACAUUCCAAUUCUUUUUCUCAAUAGCAUCGAGAGCUGGUUUUACUUAUCUCCAGAUGCUUAAAAAUUCCAAGUCAAGCCUUGAAUGCUGAGAAAUGAGCCUCACAAAUGGGAAUUUCGAAUGAACACAGAGAGGAAUAAUACCAGCCAACGGAAAGUUUAUAUAAAAUUAUACGAGUGUCUUGGGGAAUCACUGGUGCUUAUCUUAGAAUCAGGCAUAUUUUUGUUUCACUGCUUAUGUACAUAUUUGGUUGACAGAUUUGCGCAUGGCAUAUAAGUAAACACUUCACAGCUGUCUGCUGCCUCUUUGGGAAUUGUUCUGG